AUGGAUCUACAACCGCCCUCUGUGCUGGCCCAAUUACCCCGUCCACUGCAGAGUUUGACAGGAAAGACACAGAUCGGGGACGUCUUCAGCCUAGCCGAAUCCAAGAAAAGAAAGCGAUAUGAGGUUGCGGUCGCAAUUGAUGGAGAAGCGGUGAAUAUAUACAAUGUCCAAUCUCCAAAGCUCGUCACCUCUUAUGCUGUUCCACCGCAAUCAUCAUUUUCCUGUCGCCCAUGCUCGGUGCGUCGCAAGGUCCCGUCGACUUCAGCAGUCAAGCGACAGACAUACUGCGCAGUUGAGCGGCCGGAGCAGCAGAUAAAAGGGUUCUUCGAGGAGACUUCAGCUUCUGCGACUACCGCGCCCGUCAUCACCUCUUCUUCGUUCUCGCUGAAAGACUCGAACAGCCCGACCGUUUUCGUCGGGAUCGUCCCAAGAGGUUCAGUCGACGAAAAGGUUGAUGAACCUUUUGAUCUUUUGAGUGUGCACAAAGAUGGCCGCGUGCGGAGACUUGCACCAGACCUGAAAACUCAAAGAUGGAGUAUCCACCACAGCGAAAUUGCCAGCCUUUCUUCGGCUAGCUACGAAGUCUCUGCGGGCUUUCUUCUGGAGUUUGAUGAUGUCCAGAAAUCUCUUUUCAAGAGGAGGCCCGAUCUUGCUGCACUGGCGAUGAGCGACGUCACCAGUCCCACCGUCGGGAAACCUUCUGUGCUGCUGUUGGUUUUGCAUCCAGCCGCCUCCCAGCGGAUAUCUUUGUCAGACGUCAAGAUUCAAAUUUUCGCUGUUCCCGCUCAGCUUCGCUCGGACGGUUUUGGUCUGGAUGAAGCGCAAAAGUUACGGCAUCUUCACACUGUCCACCUGCCUCACCUGGCUGGUCAAGAAGAGGUUGAUCUGGAGGGUCUACAAUGGAAUUUCCAUUCGGGAUCCGCAGGGCUAAGCUUGUCAUUUAAACGGGGGUUCAUCAACUUCGAUCUUUCCCAGUACUCGCCCAGUGUGACAUCACAGUUCCUGUUGGAUGAUGAGCAAUUCUCCUCUAUCAUGCGCAUCUCUCCUCACUCCGUGAUCGGUGCUGGGAAAUCAGUGGUCGCUUUGUACGACACGCAAUACUGCUCCAUUCAGCGCAGCAUUGCAGUUCGAGACAUAUUAUGCAACAGCUCUUCAAAGGACGCCGAUCGCAAAGCCCCGACGAUCUUUGUCGGGUACUUUGCAAAGCUAGGGAUUGCAUUGGCUACAAAAGGCAAUGUGCUUCUUGCCUUUGACUUGAGCUCCCUACACACGAUGCACGGACCUUCUCUCAAACGCCAGAGGGAUGGCCUCCUCAUCGAUGCGAUUGGACGUGGAAUUGGCUCUUCUGCCGCGUCAUGGGAUGUUUCAGCGGACAAGUAUCGGGAUGAGCAUAUGGCCUCUCUAGGUCUUGUCACUCAAGAAGAUGUGGAUCGAUGGAACCGUUUCAAAAAGGACUUGGAAUCGGCCUCAAAGUCCGCAGAUGCAGUUGCAUUCGAUAACGCGGUCAAGUCGUACUUCGGCUCAUCUGAUAAGGGCAACGCUCUGCCUUCACCUGGAGAAUUCGUGAAUCCUGAGAGAGUACUGUUUGUGCUGUCCAAAAUUUUCGCCAUGCAGCACGAGGAGAGCAGUGAUCCAGCAGGCUCAUCGACGAACCUAGCAAUCCUCUUCUGGCCCAAAGAUACUUGCGAAUGGUUGAUAAAAUCCGGCUCUCUGUCCACGAAUAAUAUCGAUAUUGCUCUUCGUCGGGCCGCAAAACCCCGUAUACUGCCGCCUCUCCGCAGUGGCGCACUUGUACGGGCUCUUGCUCGUUUUGACCCGUCUUUGAAGCAUCUCACCCUUCUUCUCAAAGGGCCCACGGUGCUCGAUUCGGAGGAAUUGACACAUGCGUUGAAGAUCUUCCUCGACCUGGCCCGGGCGCGUUCUGCUGCCCUCGAUGAGCCAGCAGCCAUGACCAUUACAAAUACUUCGCACGGGGAUAUGGAAAUUGAUCAAGAUUCGGGCGAGAAGAUCUCAGGCCCUCCAGCCAAGUCUUCCGCCUCUGCGGAAGCAUCCUUGGAGGAUGCCUUCAUCGGGCUGAAUCUGACUCUCACACAACUCCAUAAGCAUCCCCUUUCGAAGGUGGUUGCAUCUUUCCGGUCGACACUGUCCAACACAGACACGCUCUCCGUCAUCCAUCACCUCCGCGUGUCGCUUGCCACCGGCGGCUACACGUCGCGGUUCACCGAAGAACCGCCCAUCCCAAUCGAUUCUAUCAAGGCUGCGCCCCCCUUGUCGCUGAACGCAAUCACCGAUUUGCUGAACGCCAGUGUGGACGCCAUCGGUCCGUCCGGCUGGAUCUCCGCCGUGGGAUUUGCCGGGUCAGCCGCGAACGAAGCGGACGUGAUCGCGCACAUGAAAUCCGAGAUAUCGGCCGCCCUGGCUGGCGUCGAGGAGGCGACGUAUAUCAAGGGCAUCCUGCGCGAGUUCAUCCGGUACGCCGGCACGGUCGUUCCCGCUGCCAAUGCAGCCGAGACGUCGACAGCCGUGGAUCAUCACGACGACGGCUUGCCUCGCGUCAAGCGCGAGAAGCUCAACGGGGCGGACCUCCUGACAUUCGCCAUCCCCGAAGACGGAUACGGCGAAGUAAGCGGCAAGAUGCUACCCCUUUCCCUCAAGGCGGGCUCCUUCGGCGGCAGCGGCGGCAGCGGAGCCGGUGAGGUGGUGAGCCGCACGAAAGUGAAGCCCACGACAGGAGAAGUCAAGCAAAGAACCAGCCGUGAGAUCGGCUACCUCCGACGGAAAGCGGUGGGCAAGUACUCAUUUGAAAGAUUGAUUGUGUAA